GGGAGUUGUAGUCCGGCACCUGCUGCUCCCCAGCUUGGCUGAGCCCGAAGGAGAAGCAGAUCUGGUCUCUUGGCUGGAAGGGAUCUGGUGGGAUCUCUCGGGAGAUUCUCAGGUCAAGGUGGUCCCAAAGGUGCUUUCCUCCCCCCCCCCUUCAAAAGGCAGCUGCAUUUUGUCUUCAGUCCAGUUUUGCCUUUUGCAAAAGAAAAGGGGGGGGGGGAAAUCAGCCCCCUUGGGACCCCCUGGUGAGAUCCUUUAGUGACAGUCCGUCUUGAAUGCACGGGGUGGAUCUUUUCUUCAGAUCCGCCCCUUUUGGGAGGUCGGGGGGGGGGCCUCUUUAGGUGGCUUUGCCCCUCCAGAAUCCGAACAAAGCAAGAAGACCAUGGCAGUAAUGUAGAAAAGCAGGACUUUUAAACGGGAGAUCAAUUCAUCAAGGAGGAAAAAUGAAAAUUAAAAAAACAACAACCCAACCCUCCUCUCUAUGCUUAUAAACAUAAGGGGGGGGGGAAUUGAAAGCGAAGGUUUUCAUCCUUGUGACCCAAUGAGAUGGGAUAGAUCGGGGUGUCUGGGGAAUCCUGGGUAUUGAAGCCCACCCCUCUUGAAGUUAGCCUCCCCAGCCUCUCCUUAAAGGAGAAAUUCCCUGACAUUUAGAACAAUUAACCCGUGGAAGGGCUUGCCUCCAGAAACUCUGAUUGCUCCAGCACUGGAAGUUUUUAAGAAGAGAUUGCGCAACCAUUUCCCUGAAAAGCUGCCUGGAAAUAUACUUCAGAGUCCACUCAGAAAUCUCUUUAGAAGGAUAUUCCAGAAAAACCCCAGAAGAAGAAUCGCUAAGUUGACUUCGCGUUCUCCCUUCCCCUUUUCCCAUCCUCAAUUGCCCCAAGAUGGCUUCCGACAGCCCAGAGUCACUGAUGAGUUUGUGCAUAGAUUAUUGUCUUCACAACUUGGAAGGGACUCUCUGCUACCUGUUGGACAACGAGACUUUCCGCCUCCAGACGGAUAUUUUCCUUCCGAGCGAGAUCUGCGACAGGCUGGUCAAUGACUACGCGGACCUAGUAAACGCAGACACCUUGUUUGAGCACAACGAAAACUUUUUUAGUCUCUUUUCGGAUCCUCGGAGCACUCGGCUCGCCCGCAUCCACUUGCGAGGCGACAUUGUCCAGGAUCAAGACCUGGAGGCCAUUCGGAAGCAAGACCUGGUUGAGCUUUUCUUGACCAACUGUGAGAAGCUGACAGCCAAGAGCCUCCAGACCCUGGGCAGCUUCAGCCCCACCCUGGUGUCGCUCAGCCUCUUCGGCUGCACCAACUUCUUUUACGAAGAGGAGAACCCCGGCGGCUGCGAGGACGACUUCAACCCCACGCGGCAGGUCCUGGUGAAGGACUUCACUUUUGAAGGCUUCCGGCGGCUACGUUUCCUCAACCUGGGCCGGCUGAUUGAAGGGAUCAACGUGGAAAGUCUGCUGCGGCCACUGGCCUCCCUCACCGCCCUGGAUCUCUCCGGGAUCCAGCUCAACGACAUCCACUUCCUGACCCAGUGGAAGGACAGCCUCGCCUCCUUAGUGCUGUACAAUAUGGAUCUCUCCGAGGAGCACAUUCAGGUGAUAGCUCAGCUGCGGAAGCUCAGACAUUUAGACAUCUCCCGGGACUGCCUGUCCAGUUAUUACAAAUUCAAGCUGACUCGCAAAGUCCUGAAUCUCUUCGUGGAGAAUCUGAGCAACCUGACUUCUCUGGAUAUCUCGGGUCACACCAUGCUGGACAACUGCACCGUCGCCUGCUUGGAUGAGAAAACAGACCAGACCAGCACCAACCCAGGUAAAAGCAGCAUCGCCCCCUUCCGGAACCUGAAAAGACCCCUGCAGUUCUUGGGGCUGUUUGAGGUGUCUCUUUGCCACGUGACACACAUCCCAGCCUACAAGGUGACUGGCGAGAAGAACGAGGAGCAGGUUCUGAACGCCAUUGAGGCGUACACCGAACACCGGCCGGAUAUGACGUCACGAGCCCUCAACAUCCUCUUCGACAUUGUGCGGAUCGAACGCUGCACCCAGCUCUUGAGAGCCCUGAAGCUGGUCAUCACUGCCCUGAAAUGUCACAAGUACGAUAAGAAUAUCCAGGUCACGGGAAGCGCCGCCCUCUUCUACCUCACCAACUCCGAGUACCGCACCCAGCAGAGCACCCGGUUACGACAGCAGGUCAUCCAGGUGGUGCUGAACGGCAUGGAGUCCUACCAGGAGGUCACGGUGCAACGGAAUUGCUGCCUCACCUUGUGCAAUUUUAGCAUCCCCGAAGAGCUGGAAUUCCAGUACCGGCGGGUCAACGAGCUGUUGCUCAACAUCCUGAACCCGACACGGCAGGACGAGUCCAUCCAGCGCAUCGCCGUGCACCUCUGCAACGCCCUGGUCUGCCAGGUGGACAAUGACCACAAGGAGGCUGUCGGCCGGAUGGGGUUCGUCAUGACCAUGCUGAGGCUGAUUCAGAAGAAGCUGGGGGAUAAAAUAUGCGAUCAGGUGAUGGAGUUCUCCUGGAGCGCUUUGUGGAACAUCACCGACGAAACGCCCAGCAACUGCGAGAUGUUCCUGAACUACAGCGGCAUGAAACUCUUCCUGGAGUGCUUGAAAGAGUUUCCGAACAAGCAGGAGCUGCACCGCAACAUGCUGGGCCUUUUAGGCAACGUAGCCGAAGUCCAAGCUCUCCGUCCUCAGCUUAUGACCUCCCAGUUCAUUACCGUCUUCAGCAAUUUAUUAGACAGCGAAGCCGACGGGAUCGAAGUGUCGUAUAACGCCUGUGGGGUCCUUUCCCACAUCAUGUUCGACGGGCCGGAGGCCUGGCUGAUCGCUGAGCCCAGCAGGGACCAGGUGGUGGACCGAAUGUGGGCGGCAAUUCAACGCUGGGACGUCAAUUCCAGGCGAAACAUUAACUACAGGUCCUUUGAACCAAUUCUGAGGCUCCUCCCUCAGUGGGUCUCCCCCGUCAGCCAACACUGGGCCACGUGGGCCCUUUUCAACUUGGUCUCCGUGUACCCGGACAAAUAUUGCCCCCUGUUGAUCAAAGAAGGGGGCCUUCAGCUCCUGCAGGACAUGAUUCAGAUGGCAUCUGCAAGGCCAGAAACCCAGGAGAUGGGAAGGAAGGUCAUUGAACACUGCAAUCACUUUACGGAUGAGAACAUGGACACCUCCAGAUAGAGCCAGGUGUGGAGUCCCAGGGGCAGCUCUCUCCUGCGCCUGCCUCCUCCCCAAUUCACCUGUACAUAAGUUGGACUGUCUCUUCUCAUCAGCUUAGCUGGCAGAAGAAGCCCUUAGUGCGUGCUGGGGUGUGUUGGAAAUGUGCGUACCUGGACAUUGUUAGCAAGACGAGAGAGGCUCAGGAAACCGAGGGGGGAGGGGGGAACGUUUUUUGUUUUUUUUAGAGAAACCACACCUGAGCAGUCGUCUUCGAGGGACCAUUUUUUUUUUGCACACUACAGUCGCUUCCCUUUAAAGGUGGAGUUUGAGAUAGGAAAGGGGGGAGGGUGUUUAAAAAGUACCGAUUGGUGUUUUUGUUUGUGUGUGUAUGUGUGUACGUAUGCGCGUGUGUGUGUGUGUGUAUCAUGACUGUAUGAAGUGAAAAUCCACGCUGUUGUGUAUCUGUGGAGCUUUUCGACAGAGCACGAAGAUCUCCUUGGAAUCGCAGUGCUGCCCUUCGGCCGAGGGUCGCUUUCCCUUUUGCAAUGCCCCCAGGGGGGUGCUAAAAGUUUUAGGCGUGGCGAAGCUGCUCAUCCCAGGCCAGGAAGGAUUGUGGGGCUGGGGAUUAUGGGUGCUGUCAACUCACCUGAAUGGCCUCGGAGCGCUCCGAUCGGAACACUAAGGGGGAACGGGAUGGCCUUGCUCUCUCUUUCGAAAUCUCCUCCAUUUCCUUGCAAAAGCAGCGAAGAAAUUUGGGCCGGUUAAUAACUGAGGUAGGUCAGAACCGAUCUACCCUCCAGAUACAGCGGGAGACUUGAGUGCAGGGCGUUGGUUGGUGGUCGCUUUGGGAGUUUUAAAGAGCAGGAGGGGGAAAAAUGGCCCAUCCUUGUCAGUCCUGCAAGUCCUUUAGGGUUAUUGCUGUGACCAGACACUUCGAGCUUUGAGAAGGGGUUAAACUUAGUCGUAGUUUCUCUCUGCAAAGUGUCAGGCGUGGGAAUAAACCUGUUGUUGUGCUCUGAAGACAGGGCAGAGAUAGCUGCUCACUCCCUGGACGACACACGCGUGAGGUUGAGACUCUCGAGGCCAAGUCAAAAAACCACGGCUCACUCACUCCAGCCAGGAAAAAGCAAAGUCUUCCUCUUGGCUUAAACUUUCUUUGGAAGCUGCUUGUGUGUCUGCAUCAGAAGACCUUGCAAAUGUAGAUUAAAACUUGCGAAAUUCAGAUUCUCCUUCCUUCCUUCCUUCCCGGGCUCCAGCAGGGAGCGUACAGCAUGGCAGAAUCUCCCAAACAUCUCGGCACUUGAUGGAGGGGGCCACCUUUGGACCGUAUCGGUGACAAACCGAGGAAGGUUUGGCUAACUGGUUGCAAAACCAGACUUACAUGUAUAUAUUUUUAAAAGAAGUUUUAAAGUCUGUAAAAAUGCCCCUCCUUCUAUUUACACAGGCUUCCUUAAAAAAACACACACACAAAUUAGCAGUUUUUAACACAAGCAUUUGGAUGAAGGAGAGAGUUUCUCUCUGAUACUCGCAUAAAAGAAUGCCUGUUUUCGGUUCAAAUGUGCAUCCAACUUGUAAUUUUUAUGUUCGGAUAUCCUUUUUAAAAUAUAUUCAGAAAUGGAGUUGAAGGAGUAGAUGGUCUCCGAGGUCCCUUCUCGCAUCCUGGUUUUAUGCAGUUGAUUGAUUGAUUCCUUGUCGACCACCAAGGUACAUAAUCAACUCGGAUUUCUUAAAUUGGACAGCGUGCUGGAGAAUGAGACACAACAGCGAAUAUCCCAGUUGCUCUCCUGCCUUGGAUUUGAGCUCCUGGGAAAGAGAAGCUAGCAAAAGAGAUGGGAGGGUAGUGUGGGGCAGAAGGCCCUGGGUUUAAUCCCAGGUGUACCUCUAAACCUGGCCUUAAAUCUUGCGGGGGGUUCCCCCUCUUGUUCUUGCACAGGAAUGCAGGCCAUUGUGAAAAUGAAAUGUUUUCUCUCCCUUGCGAGUUAAAAACUGCAGUUCCGAAGGUUGCAGGGCCUAUCUAUCCCUCUGCAAAAAAUGCGAUUUCUCUCUUGAUAGGGAGCAGAUGGUGAUUCUUUCAACGGUGUAGCCUGGCCAGUUUUUAACCUGCUUGUCCACUUAGUGACGGACACGUUUCAAAUCAUAGCAUUAAUGCUGCCGCUGCUGCUACUACUUUGGAUAAGCUGAAUGUGCAAAAUGCUUUUGGUAAAAGGACCAGAGGUUUUUUUUGAUCAGGGUUUAAGGGGUCCUUGGUGCUCUCUCAGCUUGGUUGUUUCCUGGCACCCUGCUAAGUAACAUCAUCAAGGCUGGAAGGGAAUGGGUUUGCUCUCUCUCUCUCUCUCUCUUCCUUCCAGCACUGAAGUUGUUAUCUAGUUUGGGUGAGAACAGCCAAGCUCAGGGAGCACCACCAAGGACCCCUCCUUUCAACCCUGAGUUUUAAAUAAUUUCUUUUAUUGAUGGGUUUCUAAUCAAAGACAGACAGGAGAGGUUGAAAAGGUUUCCACUCUUUGCAGUGUGUGGCCUUCAAAUAAGCUUUAAAAAAAAAGUCCCUCAUUUGUCUGGAUUUUUUUUCAAAACACUUCGGCUGUUUUUGGAGUUAGAAUAUUCCAAGGAAUUGGAAUGAUACCUAAUUAGGAAGUUUUUAAAAUAAUGCCUGGCCUGGGAAGCGUGAUGGGUACCGCUAUCCCAUACAUCUGGCGGGCACCAAGUCGGGGAACAAUUCUGUGGAGGAUUGUUGGCUCCGUCUUCAGCAAGCCAAAAAGCAUAGAUGAUCUUAAGGAAGCCCAUUGUAUUUGCAUACUCCAGCUCUCCUCCGCAACUGCCAUGGGAUCUUGGAAGAUAUUUCCUGCAAAUUCCUGAGGUGGUUUAUGACAUUCUGAGUGGAUGUAAGCUGAGUCUUCCUUUGACUGGAGUCAACAGAAGACAUCUUUACAACAUCUGGGCCCCAGAAAACAUCUGGCAUAGAAAACCCACCCAAAAACUCUCCUUUUCAUACAGUUCUCCUAAUCGUGCCCUCAAAUUUAUCAGUUUAUCAAUUUAUCUAUUUUUCCUUCUGGAUAGAUAGACGCUACCUGUAGAUGUUAUCUUCCUUCAUAGAGCAAGAUUCGUGGUAAAACCUUUCUCGUGAGUGCAAGGCAGAAGGAAUUGAUUCCUGGUGACCUUACUGAUAAAAGGGAAUUUCCCAGAUGGGUGGACUCCAAGUCCCAGAAUUCCAGUCAGCAUAGCCAUCACUGAGAAUUCUGGUAGUUGAAGUCCACCCACCUUCAAAAGGCUGAGAAAAACUAAGUUAGUUGAGUGUCAGUUGGUGGAAGGAGCAACCUGGCUUAAUGUUUGUAAGCCGCCCUGCCCAGGUUGAUGGGCGGCAAACGAAUUUAACAAAAUAAGGAAUCCUGGCUUCGUGAGGACCUAAACAAGGAGAAAUAUUUGUGCCCCUUGAGUCCAGAAGAAAGGCAGGCUGUGACUGAUUUUUAGAAGAAAAAUAAAUCCUGAAUUUUCCAUGGUCUAGAAAAACGCAUCUUAAGGUGUGGAUUUGUUAGAUCUUCAAGGAGGGGCUUCCAGGACUUUUAUUUCCUUGCCUUCAGGAGAAAGAAUGGAAAAUGGAGCUGCUUAACAGAGACGAGGAAAGUCACAAAGAAAAGGCAUCAUUUUGCUGUUUGGAUUUGUAGCUUCUGGGAGCUGUUUGAAAAUCCUUUGUAAAUUUAACUAAGCUAAUUUCCCCCAUCCUCUCCAUUUCGAAGAGCCUUUCCUUGGUCCUAUAUCUGUGACGCGAAGGUUUUUAUUCUGGACAGUUAUUAAUUCUUCCGUUUGCUGUUAUAUGUCAUCAAUAAACGAGGAAAACAAUUA